CCGGCCCGCCCCCGCACUUCCUGGCCGGGACUUGGACCCGCCCCCGCGCGCCUCCGCCCCCACCUUCACCUCCAGCCGCGGCUCCCAUUGGCCGGUGCGCACCUGCCCGUCCGUCGGGGGGCGGGGCGCGGCGCCCAGGUGAGGGCGCGCUGGCGGCGGCGGAGGAAGGUGACAGCGGGGAGGGCGGGAGAGUGGGGGGGAGGACGCCCGGACAGAGCCUCAGACAGUUGGGCGGACGGACGGCCCGACAGGCGGGCAUGCGGGCGGCCAGACUCUAGCCGAGCAGCGAGGCUCCGGCCGCAGCCAUGGAGCGGCGGCUGAGCGCCCUGGAGCAGCUGGUGCAGGGCGAGGCCGGCGGCGGCCCGGGGCUCGACGGCCUCCUAGAUCUGCUGCUGGCGCUGCACCACGAGCUCAGCAGCGGCCCCCUACGGCGGGAGCGCAGCGUGGCGCAGUUCCUGAGCUGGGCCAGCCCCUUCGUAUCAAAGGUGAAAGAACUGCGUCUGCAGAGAGAUGACUUUGAGAUCUUGAAGGUGAUCGGCCGAGGAGCCUUUGGGGAGGUCGCCGUGGUGAGGCAGAGAGACACUGGGCGGAUUUUUGCCAUGAAAAUGCUGCACAAGUGGGAGAUGCUGAAGAGGGCUGAGACAGCCUGUUUCCGGGAGGAGCGGGAUGUGCUCGUGAAAGGGGACAGCCAUUGGGUGACCACUCUGCACUAUGCCUUCCAAGAUGAGGAGUACCUGUACCUUGUGAUGGACUACUAUGCCGGUGGGGACCUCCUGACGCUGCUGAGCCGCUUCGAGGACCGUCUCCCGCCCGAGCUGGCCCAGUUCUACCUGGCUGAGAUGGUGCUGGCCAUCCACUCGCUGCACCAGCUGGGUUACGUCCACAGGGAUGUCAAGCCAGACAAUGUCCUGCUGGAUGUGAACGGGCACAUUCGCCUGGCUGACUUCGGCUCCUGCCUGCGUCUCAACACCAAUGGCAUGGUGGAUUCAUCAGUGGCAGUAGGGACGCCGGACUAUAUCUCCCCUGAGAUCCUGCAGGCCAUGGAGGAGGGCAAGGGCCACUACGGCCCACAGUGUGACUGGUGGUCGCUUGGAGUCUGCGCCUAUGAGCUGCUCUUUGGGGAGACGCCCUUCUAUGCUGAGUCCUUGGUGGAAACCUACGGCAAGAUCAUGAACCACGAGGACCACUUGCAGUUCCCCCCGGACGUGCCUGAUGUGCCAGCCAGCGCCCAAGACCUGAUCCGCCAGCUGCUGUGUUGCCAGGAAGAGCGGCUAGGCCGUGGUGGGCUGGACGACUUCCGGAACCAUCCUUUCUUCGAAGGCGUGGACUGGGAGCGGCUGGCGAGCAGCACAGCCCCCUAUAUUCCUGAGCUGCGGGGGCCCAUGGACACCUCCAACUUUGACGUGGAUGAUGACACCCUCAACCAUCCAGGGACCCUGCCACCGCCCUCCCACGGGGCCUUCUCCGGCCACCACCUGCCAUUUGUGGGCUUCACCUACACCUCGGGCAGUCACAGUCCUGAGAGCAGCUCUGAGGCCUGGGCUGCCCUGGAGCAGAAGCUCCAGUGUCUGGAGCAGGAGAAGGUGGAGCUGAGCAGGAAGCACCAAGAGGCCCUGCACACCCCCACAGACCAUCGGGAGCUGGAGCAGCUACGGAAGGAAGUGCAGACUCUGCGGGAGAGGCUGUCAGAGAUGCUGAGGGACAAGGCCUCAUUGUCCCAGAUGGAUGGGCCCCCAGCUGGUAGCCCAGGUCAGGACAGUGACCUACAGCAGGAGCUUGACCGGCUUCACCAGGAGCUGGCCGAGGGUCGGGCAGGGCUGCAGGCUCAGGAGCAGGAGCUCUGCAGGGCCCAGGGGCAGCAGGAGGAGCUGCUUCAGAGGCUGCAGGAGGCCCAGGAGAGAGAGGUGGCCACAGCUAGCCAGACCCAGGCCCUGAGCUCCCAGCUGGAGGAAGCCCAGGCUGCCCAGAGGGAGCUGGAGGCCCAGGUGUCCUCCCUGAGCCGGCAGGUGACGCAGCUGCAGGGACAGUGGGAGCAACGCCUUGAGGAGUUUUCCCAGCCCAAGACCAUCCACACAGCCUCUGAGACCAACGGGAUGGGGCCCCCCGAGGGUGGGCCUCAGGAGGCCCAACUGAGGAAGGAGGUGGCCGCCCUGCGAGAGCAGCUAGAGCAGGCCCACAGCCACAGGCCGAGUGGUAAGGAGGAGGCUCUGUGCCAGCUGCAGGAGGAAAACCGGAGGCUGAGCCAGGAGCAGGAGCGGCUAGAAGCAGAGCUGGCCCAGGAGCAGGAGAGCAAGCAGCGGCUGGAGGGUGAGCGGCGGGAGACGGAGAGCAACUGGGAGGCCCAGCUCGCCGACAUCCUCAGCUGGGUGAAUGAUGAGAAGGUCUCAAGAGGCUACCUGCAGGCCCUGGCCACCAAGAUGGCAGAGGAGCUGGAGUCCUUGAGGAACGUAGGCACCCAGACGCUCCCUGCCCGGCCACUGGACCACCAGUGGAAGGCACGGCGACUGCAGAAGAUGGAGGCCUCGGCCAGGCUGGAGCUGCAGUCAGCGCUGGAGGCCGAGAUCCGUGCCAAGCAGGGCCUGCAGGAGCAGCUGACGCAGGUGCAGGAGGCCCAGCUGCAGGCUGAGCGCCGUCUGCAGGAGGCCGAGAAGCAGAGCCAGGCCCUGCAACAGGAGCUCGCCAUGCUGCGGGAGGAGCUGCGGGCCCGAGGGCCAGCGGACACCAAGCCCUCAAACUCCCUGAUUCCCUUCCUGUCCUUCCGGAGCUCAGAGAAGGAUUCUGCCAAGGACCCUGGCAUCUCAGGAGAGGCCACAAGGCAUGGAGGGGAGCCAGAGCUGAGGCCGGAGGGCCGAUGCAGCCUGCGCAUGAGGGCUGUGUUCCCCAGAGCACCCACUGCCAACACAGCCUCUACAGAAGGUCUUCCUGCUAAGCCCGGCUCACACACGCUGCGCCCCCGGAGCUUCCCAUCCCCGACCAAGUGUCUCCGCUGCACCUCGCUGAUGCUGGGCCUGGGCCGCCAGGGCCUGGGUUGUGAUGCCUGCGGCUACUUUUGUCACACAACCUGUGCCCCACAGGCCCCACCCUGCCCCGUGCCCCCUGACCUCCUCCGCACAGCCCUGGGAGUACACCCUGAAACGGGCACAGGCACUGCCUAUGAGGGCUUUCUGUCGGUGCCACGGCCCUCAGGCGUCCGGCGGGGCUGGCAGCGCGUGUUUGCUGCCCUGAGUGACUCACGCCUGCUGUUGUUUGACGCCCCUGACCCGAGGCUCAGCCCGCCCAGCGGGGCCCUCCUGCAGGUCCUGGAUCUGAGGGACCCCCAGUUCUCGGCUACCCCUGUCCUGGCCUCUGAUGUCAUCCAUGCCCAAUCCAGGGACCUGCCACGCAUCUUUAGGGUGACGACCUCCCAGCUGGCAGUGCCGCCCACCAUGUGCACUGUGCUGCUGCUGGCGGAGAGCGAGGGGGAGCGGGAACGCUGGCUGCAGGUGUUGGGUGAGCUGCAGCGGCUGCUGCUGGACGCGCGGCCAAGACCCCGGCCUGUGUACACACUCAAGGAGGCCUACGACAACGGGCUGCCUCUGCUGCCCCACACGCUCUGCGCUGCCAUCCUUGACCAGGAUCGACUUGCGCUUGGCACCGAGGAGGGGCUCUUUAUCAUCCAUCUGCACAGCAACGACAUCUUCCAGGUGGGGGAGUGCCGGCGCGUGCAGCAGCUGGCCUUGAGCCCCAGCGCAGGCCUGCUGGUCGUGCUGUGUGGCCGUGGCCCCAGCGUGCGUCUCUUUGCCCUGGCGGAGCUGGAGAACGUAGAGGUAGCAGGUGCCAAGAUCCCUGAGUCUCGAGGCUGCCAGACGCUGGCAGCUGGAAGCAUCCUGCAGGCCCGCACCCCGGUGCUCUGUGUAGCCGUCAAGCGCCAGGUGCUCUGCUACCAGCUGGGCCCAGGCCCUGGGCCCUGGCAGCGCCGCAUCCGUGAGCUGCAGGCACCCGCCACUGUGCAGAGCCUGGGGCUGCUGGGCGACCGGCUAUGUGUGGGCGCCGCCGGUGGCUUUGCACUCUACCCGCUGCUCAACGAGGCUGCACCGUUGGCGCUGGGGGCCGGUUUGGUGCCUGAGGAGCUGCCACCAUCCCGCGGGGGCCUGGGUGAGGCACUGGGUGCCGUGGAGCUUAGCCUCAGUGAGUUCCUGCUGCUCUUCACCACUGCUGGCAUCUACGUGGAUGGCGCAGGCCGCAAGUCUCGUGGCCACGAGCUGUUGUGGCCAGCAGCGCCCAUGGGCUGGGGGUAUGCGGCCCCCUACCUGACAGUGUUCAGCGAGAACUCCAUCGAUGUGUUUGACGUGAGGAGGGCAGAAUGGGUGCAGACCGUGCCGCUCAAGAAGGUGCGGCCCCUCAAUCCAGAGGGCUCCCUGUUCCUCUACGGCACCGAGAAGGUCCGCCUGACCUACCUCAGGAACCAGCUGGCAGAGAAGGACGAGUUCGACAUCCCGGACCUCACCGACAACAGCCGGCGCCAGCUGUUCCGCACCAAGAGCAAGCGCCGCUUCUUUUUCCGCGUGUCGGAGGAGCAGCAGAAGCAGCAGCGCAGGGAGAUGCUGAAGGACCCUUUUGUGCGCUCCAAGCUCAUCUCGCCGCCUACCAACUUCAACCACCUAGUACACGUGGGCCCUGUCAACGGGCGGCCGGGCGCCAGGGAGAAGUCCCGGGUUAGUCCCCUAGAGCCAAUCACAAGCCACUCUGGUGAGGCUGAGCCAAUCACCGGCCUCUGUGGCUCCCGAAGAGAAGGGCCGAGUUGCCCGCGGCUCCGGCCCACAGCGGCCCCACAGCUUCUCCGAGGCGUUGCGGCGCCCAGCCUCCAUGGGCAGCGAAGGCCUCGGUGGAGACGCAGACCCCAUGAAGAGGAAACCUUGGACAUCCCUGUCCAGCGAGUCUGUGUCCUGUCCCCAGGGAUCGCUGAGCCCUGCAACCUCCCUAAUGCAGGUCUCAGAACGGCCCCGAAGCCUCCCCCUAUCCCCUGAAUUGGAGAGCUCUCCUUGAUGCCCUCUGUUAGGGCCCACCCCAAUCCCAGGGCAGAAGGACAUGAGGGAGCGAAGAGCUUGAGGAAUGCCAUACUCCGGCUGGUCCGGGACAUGGAAAUUUGGACUCAGGGAGGGCCUGGGCUGGGCAAUGACUGGGAGGCUUGCCUGGGUUCCCAGGACUUGGGGGUCCUGACUCCCAGCCCUCAUCCUGCCUUACCCCUCUGUUCCCAGCCCCAGCCUUUGUAAGCCAUUGGGAAUAGAAUGGCCCCUUUUGUCCUGGUGUCCAGGGGUGAUUGUGCCAAAGCUCUUAUUUCCAGUGCCAAGCCCCCAGAGGCUUGUAAGAGUUGGGAUGAGGGAUGGAGAGGGACUGGGUCUCUGGGAACAGGUUGGAGGUCUUAUCUGUGGACUGUCUGACUCCCAGCUGAGGCCAAGAUGGGGCAUGUCCCGAUCUCUGCUUAGCAUCUGGGUGAGAAAAACAGGCUGCGAUCCAGAGGAAGGGAAGAUAGAGAAGGAGGGAAAGGAUGUAGGCGAAGGAGGUGAGAGGAUAGGAGGAAGGAAGUGGAGGAGGAGGUGAUAGGAAUUGGAAGGAGGUAGAAGCUGUGCAGAGGAAGAGGGGAGAGGGACAAAGGAGGAGUGAUGAAGAAGAGGAGGGAGACAAAAAGAGGGAUGGAGGAGAGAGGGAGUCUAGAGAACAAAGGGUCCUUUUUCUGGGGAGGGAUGUGGUGGGCAGGGCUGACACUGUCAGCCAAUCCUCCCAUCGGGGAAGAGAAUCCUGGACAGGGACAGGAUGGAGAGGGUAUUUAUAAGGGCUUUUUGGUGGGAGAUGGGUACCCAGUGGGGGCCACUGGAGGGUCUCCGGGCACACUCUGGCCCUUCCCAGAAAGGGGGUCCUUUUUCUCGAAGCUUCAACCAGUUGUGUGUUAGGGGAACCUAGGGGGCAUUUUACUAUUGAUCACAGUCAUUAUAUUGUUAUUAUAUUACUAUUUUUAUUAAACCUCCCCCCACUGAAGUGUGGGGGGGGCAAAAUAAGUAUUUAUCUCCUCAAAUGCCACAUUCCCAGGAGGGACAGACCCUGAUGCUCUGUGCAGCAGCAAGAAACCAAUAAAGACAGCUUUGUAAGC